UUAUCAGCCAUAGAAUAGAUAGGGCGGGGAGAAGUGAACAAGUGGUGUCGUGACGUAAAAUUAACCCUUCCUGCUACACGAGGUUUAAUGGCUCCUUUUAAUUAGUGGUUUUAUUCAAAAUAAGGGAAAUUCACAAAGUAUUUUAAUAUACAUACAACUUGUGCAAAUCUAAUCUCAGCCGAAUUUUAUGUAUUUCAGAAAUUAACAACAAUGAACAACACACUUUUAAAAUAUGCAAAAAUGGUACCUCUGCGCUGUGUGCGUCAGUACUUCCUGUCUUCAUAACUGUCAGUGUGAGCUGCCGAGGCGCCACAAAUCAGAUGAUGGAGUGUCUGUGGCGACGCCUCCACAUCCUGCUGCAGGUCUCCUUCUGGGUCUGUUUCGUCACAGGUUCAAAUGUAGAAUGGAGACGGGUUGGGGAAAAGAUAGUAAUAACUUGCUCCACUGAUAAACCAACUCAAAGUGCAGUGUAUCUUUACAAGAGCUACCACCAAAGGCAGUCGGUGUUCUAUCUCCUUAAAGAGGGGGUUCCGAGUCGCACGGUAGCCUACAAGGACAAGGUUAAAGUUACAGGCUUCAACAAGCUGAGAGCCACAAUUAGCAACCUAACCGUAAAUGACACUGGAGUUUUCUGGUGCCAGUACUUGAGACAUGAUGGACCAACAAACCAUGAAACUGAAAACAAAGAGGGUGAAACAUUGUUGGUGGUCAAUGGGCCGGAGAAGGUGUGCCCCACACAUGGGCCAUACGCAACCACCAGCACAGAGGAGUCCAGUCAGACCUUGUGGAUCGUGGGUGCUGUCACCGUCUGCUCACUGGUUCUGCUGGUGCUCAUUAUCCUGCUCAUCUCGGUGAAGAGGUGCUGUGUACACAAUGGAAAGUACAGGUGUCAUCCCCAGUCUGCCGUUGGACCCCCAGCACAUCGCUCCGAUUCUGUUUAUGAGCAGAUGAGGCCCCAGAGGGCCACCUCUAUGUCUCCACAGAGGGCCACCUCUAUGUCUCCACAGAGGGCCACCUCUAUGUCUCACUCCUCUGCCCGGGUACUCAUCAACCCUACCUACUAGCUUCACCCAAAUAACCCACAUCCUACCACCCCCCUUCAGUAAGAAUCAACACUGGCACGCCAGCUUCAUAUUUUCAUUUGACAAGUGCACUGAAAUUCAUUAGCCUGUGUGUCCAAACUUGCUUGCUUGAAAAAUUAAACCGGUUUGAAUUUAUUUAAUUUAUGUUUUGAAUUAUGUUUAAAUCCAAUGUGUGAAGCAUUUUGAUGUAUCAUUCACUCGUGUAACACAAACAUUUUGGUCAUUGAGAUCGAAUGCAGCAUCAGAUUGUGAAAUGUUCGUGUAAGACCGUAGUGAUACAUGGAGCAAAGGGUCAUGUAGUUAUUAACCUUUCAUAGGAAUGGAUAUACUCAGCCAAUUCUCCUUUGGCUGUCUUUCCAGAAACUGCUUUCUUUUUAUACAGGGUAGAUCAAACAAAACUAACAUACAGUACUUCAUCUGUGUGUACCUGUAACAUAUAUGAGGUAGUUGUAAGAGGUUUGCCACUUUAUAAUACAAAACUGAUUUUAAUAUGCACAAAAUGUAAUAUGAUCAGAUGUAUAUAACUGUUAUGCACCACAUUAUAUUUGUGCGAAUUGAAUAUCCACCUUUGUGGUUUUUUAAUUGUCAUAUGAUUGUAUAGAUUAAUUUCAAUAUGCCUGUCAUAUACACAGUGUAUGUUGCAAUUGUUAUAUAUGUAGCAUGGAUUAUGUAGCAUUGAAUAAAAGUGUUUAACAAGUAAAUUAUGUGGCGAUUUUAGCCUGAAAUUUUUGGUAGGGCAAUUUUGUAUGACGUCAAGUCAUCGUCACAAAAAUAGAGCUAGCUGAUUAUUAUAUUAUUAUAUUAUUAUAUAAGCAAUUUCCUAUAUACCCAGGUAGGCAUAGGCUAUGAGCUGCAUUUUGAGUGCCGGCAGGGAGCAGAAAUCCUAUUUCAAUUACAUUUUACAUGCUUCAGUUCUCAGCGCGACACAAAGAUGUUGCUUAUAAUACAGCAACAAAGUAAUAAAAUAGAUUGCAAUAAAAU